GUCAUCUCGGCGGGAGGAGCGGAACGGAACGGAGCGGGCGGUGCGGACAGGACAACAUGCCCAAGGUACAGCUGAACGGCAUCACCGUGGACUUCCCCUUCCAGCCCUAUGCCUGCCAGGAAGCCUACAUGGCCAAGGUGCUGGAGUGCCUGCAGAAGAAGGUAAAUGGUGUCCUGGAGAGCCCUACAGGCACCGGGAAGACCCUCUGCCUGCUGUGCUCCAGCCUGGCUUGGCAGGAGCACUAUAAAGAUGCCAUCUCAGCCCGCAAGAUUGCCCAACGACUGAAUGGGGAGGAGCUCUUCCCAGGGCCAUCCUGGGGCAAUGUUGCCCCUAAUGAUGAUAUCCCAACUUAUUACACUGAUGUCCCUAAAAUCAUUUAUGCCUCCAGAACUCACUCCCAGCUUACCCAGGUCAUUAAUGAGUUAAAGAACACAGUCUACAGGCCCAAGGUGUGUGUUUUGGGUUCCAGAGACCAGCUUUGCAUCCAUCCUGAAGUGAGGCGCAUGGAGAGCAACUACAUGCAGAUCUACACGUGCAGGAAGAAAGUGAUGGCUCGUGCUUGUCAUUUCUAUAACAAUGUGGAAGAGAAGAGUACAGAGAAAGAGCUGAUGAGCUCAAUCAUGGAUAUCGAAGACCUGGUUAAAAAGGGCAAUGAGCUCAGAGCUUGUCCUUAUUACCUUUCUCGAAGCCUAAAGCAACAAGCAGAUAUUAUUUUCAUGCCUUACAACUAUUUGCUUGACUCAAAGAGCCGCAAAGCUCACAGCUUGGACCUGAGGGGGACUGUGGUGAUACUUGAUGAAGCUCACAAUGUGGAGAGGUUGUGUGAGGAGUCAUCUUCUUUUGACUUGACACCCUAUGAUUUGGCCUCGGCAAUAGAUACUGUAGAUGUUGUACUGGAAGAACAAGCCAAAGUGGUUCAGCAGAAUGAAGUAAAUGCUGAGUUCAAUAUGGAGUUGGCCUCUUCAGGCCUGAACAUGGAACUCGAAGAUAUAGCAAAGAUAAAGAAGAUUCUUCUUCAGCUUGAAAGUGCCAUAGAUGAAGUGGAGCUGCCACCGGAUGAUAGUGGAGUCACUAAAGAGGGAAGCUACAUCUUUGAUCUGUUUGCCAAGGCCCAAAUAACAUUCCAGACCAAAUCCUCACUCCUGGAAUCACUGGAGCAGAUCUUACAGUAUCUUUCAGGCCGCCCUGGGAUAUUUGUCAAUACAUCUGGAUUGCAUAAACUCUCAGGUAUUAUCCAGACUGUAUUCAGCAUGGAUCCUCCAGAAAGUGCAACGGAUCGCCAGCUACAUCAGUCAAUAUCGAAAUACUAUAAGGUACAUAUUCACCUGGAUGACAGUAACCAGAAGAAGAAACAAAAGACAGAUGUGUGGAGUUCAUCAUCUACAAAAAAAGAAAAGACCUUAAGCUAUUGGUGCUUCAGCCCUGGAUACAGCAUGCAUGAGCUUGUUCGUCAAGGAGUCAGAACAAUCAUCCUUACUAGUGGGACACUCUCCCCCCUCUCAUCAUUUACAAUGGAAAUGCAGAUCCCUUUUCCUGUUCGCUUGGAGAAUCCACAUGUUAUCGAUAAACACCAGCUCUGGGUUGGGAUCAUUUCUAAGGGACCUGAUGGAACUGUGCUGACUUCUACCUAUGAAAGAAGGUUUUCAGAGGAUUAUUUGUCUUCUCUGGGGAAAACACUUGGUAACCUGGUGCGAGUUGUGCCAGAUGGACUGUUGGUGUUCUUCUCGUCGUAUCCUGUCAUGGAUAAGAGCCUGGAAUAUUGGAGAGAGCAUGAUUUUACUAGCAGAAUAGAAGAGGUGAAGACAAUGUUUGUGGAGCCCAGGAACAAAGGAAGCUUUUCAGAGGUAAUAGAUGCCUACUAUAAUAGAGUUGUCUGUCCCAAGUCCAGUGGGGCUGCUUUUUUGGCAGUGUGUCGGGGGAAGGCCAGCGAGGGCUUGGACUUCGCAGACAGAAAUGGCCGGGGAGUCAUCAUUACUGGGCUCCCAUUUCCUCCCCGUAUGGACCCCAGGGUUGUUCUGAAGAUGCAGUUCCUGGAUGAGAUGAGAAGAUGUGGGGCAGGUUCACAGUAUCUGUCUGGGAGGGAGUGGUACUACCAGCAAGCUUCCCGUGCUGUUAACCAGGCUAUUGGCAGGGUCAUCAGGCAUCGCCAGGACUACGGUGCUAUCUUCCUUUGUGAUGAAAGGUUCACAGCUGGUAACGUGAGAUGCAAGCUGCCUUCGUGGGUCCGUCCCUAUGUGAAUGUCUAUGACAACUUUGGGCAUGCAGUCAGAAGUGUCUCCAUCUUCUACCGUGCUGCUCAAGAAGCUCUACCCCUGCCUCAAGCCCCUUCUACCUCUGCUGGUUCCCCAAGUGGAAGCGAUGCGGUACCAUCUACUUCAUCUGAACAGAUCCUCUGCCUGCAGAAAGCCAAAUGCUUGGAUGACCAUGUUCCCAGUUUGCAGUGCAAAAGAAAAGCAACUGAAGAUGGAGUAUCCAGCCUGUGCAUGGAAUACGAACCAAAGGCCAUCUUGCCUAAAAGACCACGGAUUGGGCUCUUGGAUGCUUUGGAGCACAGUGAGAAGAGCAGUGAAGAUGCAGGGGAGGAGAGUGACUUGUCAGGAGAGGAAGAGGCUCGGCGUCUGUCAACACUUUCCCUUCAGCAUGAGAAGAGGCUGGCAGAUGAGCAGAAAGGAGGAAGGAAGAGAAUCAAGCUCAUCAGCAAUGAACAAGCUGAAAACAAACCCAACCCAACAGAGAAUAAGAGGGCCCGAGCGGCAUUGUACUUAGCAACAGUGAAGAGCAUCCUAAGCAAAGAGAGAUACAAGCUCUUCACUAUGGCUCUUCAGGACUACAAGCUAAGAGAUGACUUCAUUGCUGUGUUAAGUCAACUGAGUGCUCUCUUCAUAGAUGAUAAAAAUAACCAUGUCUUGUUACGAGAUUUCUACCAGUUUAUUCGACCUUAUCAUAAGAAGCAGUUUCAUGAAGCGUGUUCCAGUCUGACUGGAGAGGGCUGUGGCUACAAACCUGAGCACGGCCUCCCAUGGGAAGAGCAAGACCUCACAACCCCGAGCAUAGAAGAAGAAGAGAGUCAGCAGGAAAUGGACUUCUGGGAGGAGUCAAGUGCUGAGCUAGAUACUGAGCUCGACCUGAAGCAGGGAGGUUUCUGCUUGCUAACAUGGCUGUGUAGUGCAGAGUACCCUGCUGCUGAAGCUCCAAGGCGAGGCACUGAAGAGCCUUCAACCUCUACAGCACAUCAGCAGGAGGUGCUCGAGACCCGCUACCUCAAGGAUAUGAAGAUGGCUCUGGAUAAAUACAGUUACCGCCGUGUGUAUGAUGCUCUGCGAGUUUACAAGCAGACAGAUGAAUACCAGGCUCUGGAAUGGGUGUUAACAGUCCUCGCCGUUGAAAAGCCAAGAUACAUGCGUGUCCUGCAAAGAGCUCAUAUGCUUGUACGUCCUCAUCACAAAGAUGCUUUUACGGAGAUAUGUAUGAGCUUGCCUCAUGUGGGCCAUGACGAAAAGGAGCGCCAGAAGAUACGUUGGACAUGGGACAGAUGGCAGACCGAGAACUAUCUCGCUGCAAGAAGAAACAAGCACAUCCAAGGCACUUCUGGGGGGACUUGGAGGAACACUUCCUCAUCCUAUAACUGGAAAAGACAUCGUAAAUCGCACAAAGGAGAUGCCUCUGGAACAAGAUCACCUGCAAACUAUCCAGACCCGUUUUACGAUCCUGAAUACUGGGAGCUAGAUGAUGAGGGAUACUUCUGCAGCAACUGCCUACGUACGAGUAAUUCACCUUUGGAAUGUCCAACCUGUUCCUUCAACUGCUGCGAAAACUGCUGGGAUCGUUUCUUCCAGCUGGCAAGGAGGUGCCCAUGGUGCUGCUUUUUUCUGAGGAAGAGGAAAUUGGUCCUUCCCUGAAAUUGGGCCCUCAUUUCCCUGAAUGGGCAAGUACUUGGUAUCAGCAAGGAGAGAUCAGUGCACUCAGGCUGAGCAGAAGCCAGAGGGAGCUUCAUUUAAAUCUCUUCGAUCCUUGCUGUGCACCAACAUGUACCAUUUCCUCCUGCAAAGGUGAUGGAGUCUGAAAGGUCUCUCCACAACCACUGGCAGGAGAUGGAAGCCAAAGGUUGUUCCCUGUUGGAACGAAGAAGGUUCAGUUCUUUAUUUCAGGUUGUAAGUGUUCCUGUGGCCAUGUUAAGUUGAAGUUUUAUGCCCCAGAGGUGGCUGUUAUUCAUGGGCCCUGCAGAUAAUCCCAGCUCCUGGAAAAUCCCUGAGCAGCAGCACUGGGAUGGAAUAGAGAUGGCACAUGGGGAGGCCAAACCAUCCCAUCACCACAGUGGUGUUCCUGGAAGAAGUGAGUCACGUUCACCAUUUGGUGUUUGGCAGCAGCUGCUGUCUCCAUAGCAGAGUAUAGCGAAGGGGUGAUUGUUUUACACACAAUCCAGUGCUGGAUAAUGACCAGAACCACCCCCCUUGCCUCUGCUGUGCUCACCAAAGCCCAAACUCCUUCCACCAUGCUGGGAGUUCUGAAACGUGCUUCCAAAGAGGCUUUAUUUCCUGCUGGGGGCUGGUAUUUCCAUUGUGUUGUGUGAGCUGAUGUUUAAUUCCCAAGGAGGGAAAGGAGCAAACCAGUUUAGGACUU